AUGAAAGUUCUGUAUCGCCAUAAAUUUUGGCGAUAUCGGAAGCAGAUAUUAUUUGCUCUUAUCGCUGCUGUCUUUGCCUGGUGGCCACCGUAUAAUGUCGAUGUUGCUUCAGAGACUAGUCGAGCUGUAGCGGGUAAAACGUUUCGGGUCGUUGCAGAAAACAAUCCUCGACUUCAUCGCCGUCUGGCGGAACCACUUUGUCGGGCGACGAAUGAGACAUUAAAACUGCUUGUCAUUGUGAAAUCAUCAUUCCAUAACGAACAGCAAAGAAGUGCGAUCAGAAAGACAUGGGGAUCAAAGAAAGGAUCUGUUCGUGUAGUGUUCAUUGUGGGAGUUGUGCCCAGUGCUUCCUCAGCACUUAAUCGUGCUUUAGCUAGAGAGAUUGAGGCUCAAAGUGAUAUACUUCAAGUUGACGUUAUUGACACUUAUAGGAACAAUACGUUAAAGUUCUUUCACUCCAUAAACUAUGCUUUCAAGUCUGCUGGUGGAUGUUCAGCGUCUGAUUUUGUUCUGCUCGUAGACGACGAUUAUAUGGUGCACGUUGACAUGCUUCUUCGCUACAUAUCUAGCAAAAAUCCUUCUCAGCAACUGUACGAGGGGUGGAGAUUUGAUACUGCACCGUUCAGAUUUCGGUUGCAUAAACAUGCAGUUUCAUUGGACAACUACCCUUUUAAUCGAUAUCCACCUUAUAUAUCGGCUGGUGCUGUGUUACUUUCACGUAAAACAAUCUCUUAUUUCUAUUAUGCAAUGCAACUUGUUAGGCUGUACUCCUUCGACGACAUAUAUGCUGGUAUAAUUGCAUAUUUGCUCAAAAUUACACCAAAGCACAAUGAAGCCUUUGUCUUUUGGAGCAGAAGUAUUAGUCCUGAAGAAUGGCGAAGUGGUAAAGUGUUAGCUGCUCAUGGAUAUCCAUACGAUCGUUUGCUUGAUGGGUAUCCUUUGCUUGAUGAGCGUGCAUGAGUAGUCGAGAUACAUGUAUAAUUCUAGGGAUUGUAGGUCUUUUCUUGCUAACGUGGAUUUUUAUCACCGCUCCGAUAUUGUACGGGUCCUUUGAA